UCCAUGAGUUUCUUACAAUACCUAUAUUUCAUCAACCUUAGCAACAAAUUUGUACCAAAUUCUUCCUUUACUAGCUUCCUACCCAUAAUUAUGCCCACAAAAAUUGUAUCUUUCAUUUUCCACUUGCUUAUAUUAAUUGUCCAGUCCAGCCGGAUGAUGUCCCAAAUUACGUCUGCAUUAUCCGACCACGAGGGGGAAUGGCAUAUUUUACACGAAAGCAUAGGAAUUUCAGCAAUGCACAUGCAACUCCUUAAAAAUAACAAAGUUGUCAUGUUUGAUAGGACUGAUUUUGGUCGCUCUAACCUCUCUCUCCCCGAUGGGCGCUGCCGCUAUGACCCCAAUGACACUGAACUCAAGAUAGAUUGCACGGCUCAUUCAAUUCUAUAUGACAUUGGGACGAAUACUUUUCGCCCGCUGAUGGUGCAAACCGACACCUGGUGCUCCUCAGGUGCAGUACUUCCGAAUGGAACCUUAGUCCAAACUGGGGGAUACAAUGAUGGAGAUCACGUCAUACGCACUUUAGCUCCUUGUAACGGAUUUAAUUGUGAUUGGGUCGAGUUCCCCCAAGCCCUGUUGGAGCGUAGAUGGUACGCAACGAAUCAAAUACUCCCCGAUGGACGGAUAAUUAUCAUCGGUGGUCGAGCACAGUUUAACUAUGAAUUCUACCAUCCAAAUUCUCAAGAUUCUUCUUUUUCACAAAAAGCUGUUAGGCUCAAUUUUCUCAGAGAAACUAGAGAUUCAGAUGAAAACAAUUUGUAUCCAUUUGUACACCUAUUACCAGAUGGAAAUUUAUUCAUUUUUGCCAACACAAGAUCAAUAGUCUUUGAUUACAAACAAAACCGGAUGAUCAGGGAAUUCCCGGCCAUUAACGGCAGUGAACCGCGAAAUUAUCCCAGUUCAGGCUCCCUGGUUCUACUUCCCCUUGAUGAAAACCGUCCAAUCGAGCCCGAAAUCAUGAUUUGUGGCGGUGCCUCGCGCAAUGCAUUCCAGCUCGCUAAAAAGGGAAAGUUUCAACGUGCCGCCUCAACCUGCGGCCGCCUGAAAAUUAUGGACAAAAAUCCCGUCUGGAAAAUGGAAAACAUGCCAAUGCCACGAGUAAUGAGCGACAUGCUUCUUCUACCAAAUGAUGAUAUCAUUAUAAUAAACGGCGCCAGUUCAGGUACGGCAGGAUGGGAAUUAGCACGAAAUCCUGUAACUAGGCCACUGAUUUACAAUCCCCACCUCGACGAAAUGAGGCGGUUCUCUGUCAUGCCUGCGUCAGCCCGGCCGCGCCUCUACCACUCGACAGCCAUUUUACUCACGGACGGCCGGGUUCUCGUCGGUGGAAGCAACCCUCAUAUAUACUAUAACUUCUCAGGUGUUGAGUAUCCAACUGAUUUAAGCCUGGAAUCAUUUUCUCCCCCUUAUUUAUCACCUGUAUACGAUCAUUAUAGACCAAGGAUCAUUGAAGUCGACGAGGUUGUUAGCUACUUACAAUCAUUUUCCUUAAACUUCACAGUGCAAAGAUUCUUGAAAAUGAGUGUUGUGUCAGUUAGGUUAAUAUUGCCAUCAUUUACUACACAUUCAUUUUCGAUGAAUCAAAGGAUGGUUGUGCUAAAGGGGGUUCAGAUUUCUCGUGUGGCCAAUAACACGUAUCAAUUGUUUGCGGUUGGGCCAUCGACGCGUGAGAUUGCACCGCCGGGAUAUUAUUUGUUGUUUGUUGUGCACUCAGGUAUACCAAGUUCUGGCAUGUGGAUAAAGCUUCAGUAACACAAAUUUCUCAUUGAUAUCAGAUUACAGAGUAUUGCUUUAUGUUUAUAUUUGUGUUUGGUAACCGCUACUAAAUAGUGUAGAAAAACAAGUCGCUAGUGGAUGAAACCAAUUGUUUAAGUUUUA